AUGACGAUGGUACCACAUGAAAUUCGGUUUCAAAAGUUUGUGAAUACACCUGAAGAAUAUUUUAAAAUAACAAUAUUCAUAUCCUAUUUAGACUUGUUUAUUAACGAAAUUGAAUCAAGAUUUAUUGAACAUCAGAAAAUAUUAAAAGGAUUUCAAAACUUAUUUCCAAAAACGUUAGAAAUGUCGACACUUGAAAAAGAUGAAUUUAUUAGCUUGAUAGAUUUUUAUAAUAAUGAUUUGGCAGAUAACAAUAAAGAUAUUUUGAUAUCUGAGUUAAAACUUAUGCAACGUAAAAUACUUGCAUUAGAAAACAACCCUAAAAAUGCUAUGGAUGCUUUAAUUAUCUGCAAUGACAUGUAUCCAAAUAUAUACAAAUUGCUACAAAUAUUAGCAACACUACCUGUUUCAACAGCUUCAUCCGAAAGGUCUUUUUCGUCAUUGAAGAGAAUUAAAACGUACCUAAGGAAUACAAUGUCAGAGAAACGAUUAAAUGGAUUGGCAAUGCUGUCCAUUCAUCGUUCAAUAUCAAUAGAUGCAAAGGAAGUGUUGGACGAAUUAUCUACAGACAAACGACGGCUGGAUUUUAUUUUAUGA